GUCCUCCCCACCCCUCUGCUUCCCUGGCUGCCAGACACUUGGUCUGGAAUGAACAUAUUCACCUGCCUCUGACUUGGUCAAAGGUGGGGGCUGGAGGGGGUUACUUGGAUUCCCAGGUUGGAAGAUUAUCUCAUUCCGGUCUCUCCUAAAGAUAUAUAAGGUGAGGCGGUAGGGUGGGUCUCAGCAGAGCAGACCUGAGGAUCGGAGGAGGGGGACUCAUCCCGAAAGAGGACGGCACGGAGAGAGCUAUUGUGCGGAGCAGAAAUAGAGUUUCCCCCUUUUCAAGAGGGACGGCACGGAGGACAGAGACAAGAUGAUGCUGAGAGUGGAGGAACUGGUGACUGGGACAAAGAACGAUGGUAAAGAAACAAGAAAUUUCCUCCCAGAGGAUUUCAAAAAUGGAGACUACGAAUCUGCUAAAACCUUAGAGAAACAAGAGGAUCGGAAAACACUUCGGACACAUCACUUUCGGGCUCUGGAAAGUCAAACCGAGGAAACUGAGAAGCAGCGAGAGGCUGAGCUCAAGAAGAAAAAACUCGAGCAGCGAUCGAAGCUUGAAAGUUUAGAAGAUCUUGAAAAAAUCAUUCAGCUGAAGAAGAGGAAAAAAUGCAAGAAAGUUAAAGUCCCAGUUUUAAAGGACCCAGAACCCGAAAAGAUACCAGAAGCUGUGGACAUCCCUCUAUUUCUGAAGGCCGCCCUGGAGAACAGAUUGCCAGUAAUAGAAAAGUUCUUGUCAGACCAGAAGACUCCAGAUGUCUGCGAUGAGUACAAAAGGACGGCCCUUCACCGAGCGUGUUCAGAAGGACACUUGGCAAUUGUGGAAAAGCUGAUAGAAGCUGGAGCCCAGAUUGAAUUCAAAGAUAUGCUGGAGUCCACCGGCCUCCACUGGGCGAGCCGAGGAGGAAACCUGGACGUUCUGAAGUUCUUGCUGAACAAGGGAGCCAAAAUCAACACCCGAGAUAAGCUGCUCAGCACCCCUUUGCACGUGGCAGUGAGGACAGGGCGCUAUGAAUGUGCGGAACACCUCAUCGCCUGUGAAGCGGACCUCAACGCCAAAGACAGAGAAGGAGACACCCCUUUGCAUGACGCAGUGAGAUUGAAUCGUUAUAAAAUGAUCCGACUCCUUAUUCUUCACGGGGCCAACCUCACCAUCAAGAACUGCGAAGGAAAAACCCCAAUGGACCUCGUUCUCCAGUGGCAGAACGGCACGAAGGAGAUCUUCAGCAGCCUGAAGGAGGAAAGCUUCCACCCAUUCCCCCAGCCCUGCUCCACAGGAAGUACAUAAAGCCCCCAGAUCGCCACGAACUGCAGUCGUAAAGGCCGGGUUCCAGCUGCCUUCACUGAUAGGACUAAAAAGGGAAAAUUAUACAGAAAUUCAUUUGGAA